AUGACAAGUGACAUUGUGCGUGCUGUAACUUGUUUACGAAACUAGUUUGAUAUUUGCAACAAUAUUGUUUAGUUUUUCGUUUAUUUUGAAUCAAAUUUUAAGAAAAUAUGGAUGAUGAAGCGGAAACUUACAAACUGUGGCGAAUUCGUAAAACGGUCAUGCAGCUGUGCCACGAUCGUGGCUACCUAGUCACACAGGAUGAAUUGGACCAGACGUUAGAGCAAUUUAAGGAACAAUGUGGCGACAAACCCAGCGAGAAAAGACCAUCACGGAGCGAUUUAACAAUUCUGGUGGCACACAACGAUGAUCCUACAGACCAGAUGUUCGUUUUUUUCCCGGACGAACCGAAAAUUGGUAUUAAAACAAUAAAAACGUAUUGUCAGAGGAUGCAAGAUGAGAAUAUACAUCGGGCUAUUAUUGUGGUGCAGCAGGGAAUGACCCCUUCAGCUAAACAGUCCCUUGUUGACAUGGCUCCCAAAUAUAUUUUAGAGCAGUUUUUGGAGUCAGAACUUUUGAUUAACAUUACAGAGCACGAGCUGGUCCCGGAACACGUGGUGAUGACGCCUGAAGAGAAACAAGAAUUGCUAACCAGAUAUAAACUAAAGGAGAAUAUGUUGAUGAGGAUUCAGGCUGGAGAUCCUGUGGCAAGAUAUUUUGGACUGAAGCGUGGUCAGGUGGUUAAAAUCAUUCGGCCAUCGGAAACCGCCGGACGUUACAUUUCCUACAGGCUUGUCUGUUGAGCUCAUUUAAAUUUAAACGGACACAUUGUCAUCACCGUAUUACCAGGAAGAAGUGGUGUAUUUCAUUUCGUUUUAAUGGCUGUAAAUACCUAUAUCCGCUAGUUUUGUACUCGUAUUUAAUCAAUAAAGUUUAUUGGUCUUGCAA